AAAGAAAAAGAAAAAAAAAGGUAAAACUCCGUGUUCCCCCGCGCGAAGAACCCUUUGAGGCCUCGCUUGCCCUUACUCGUGGUAUCUCAGUCAGCCAGCCUUAUCGUCUUAAAAGAGAAACAUCGUAGAAGUUAUGAUGCAUUGGGGUUUCCUUGCUCUGAAGGUUUAUUGCAGAAACUGUGCUCUUUGAUGAACUGGGUGCUGAGCUUCUCUCUACCCAAAACCAGUCGUCUAAUUUGCCGCGGCCUUCACUUGGGUAAGCAAUUCUCAAGCCCAAGUUCUGAGAACAUUAUUUUUAGAGCAAUUUGUGUUAAUCUCAAACAGAGGAGAUGGAAAUUUCUAGAGCAGAUAUCACCCACUCUUACCAAUUCCUUAGUAAGUCGUGUUGUUCUCGAGUUUCGAAACUCCCCACAGUUGGGUUUAGAAUUUUACAAUUGGGUUCGAGAGAACAAGAGCUUUCCUCACUGUUUAGAAUGUUCUUGUACUGUAAUUCAUGUGUUGGUCCAUUGUAGGAGAUUUGAUGAUGCCUUGUCUCUUAUGGAGAAUCUAAUGAUUGCAGAUGGUCUGCAUCCAUUGGAUGUUUUGGAAGGGUUGGUUAGUAGCUAUGAUGAAGCUUGUGGUUGUUCAAGCCCUGCAGUGUUUGAUGCACUUGUGAGGGGUUGUACUCGAUUCGGGCAGACCGAAGGUGCUUAUGAGGUAAUUAAGAAGCUGAGGAUGGAUGGUUAUUGGGUUACGGUUCACGCUUGGAAUAACUUUCUUAAUCAUGUACUGAAGUUGAAUGAAAUUGCUAGGUUUUGGAAGCUGUAUAAAGAAAUGGUUUCAUAUGGGUAUGUUGAAAAUGUCAAUACCUUCAAUUUGGUUAUUUAUGCUCUCUGUAAGGAAUGCAAAUUACUAGAAGCAAUGUCGGAAUAUUAUCGUAUGUUGAAGAGUGGAAUUUGGCCUAGUGUUGUUACUUUUAACAUGAUUAUAGAUGGAGCGUGCAAGAUGGGUGAUAUGGAACUUGCCUUGAAGCUUUUGAGGAAGAUGAGAGUAAUGUCGGAGGAGUGUGUUACGCCCAAUUCAGUUUCGUACAAUUGUAUCAUUAAUGGGUUUUGCAAAAUUGGUAGUUUAUCUUUUGCAGAGGAAAUCCAAGUUGAAAUGACCCAGGCAGGUGUUGAGUCCAAUUUGAGGACUUAUGCAACUCUAGUAGACGGGUAUGCAAGAGGAGGGAGUUUGGAGGUGGCACUUAGAUUGUGUGAUGAAAUGGUGGAAAGGGGUCUGACCCCUAUCUCUGUUGUUUACAAUUCAAUUAUCCAUUGGCUUUGCAAAGAAGGAGAUGUUGAGGAAGCAUGUUUGUUAUUUUCUGACUUGAUUGACAGGCAUAUAUGCCCGGAUCAAUUUACCUACUCAAUCCUCAUUAACGGGCUCUGCCGAAAUGGGCUUGUGACUGAAGCACUAAGAUUCCAUAACCAAAUUCUUGAGAAAAGCCUUGUCAAGGAUGUUUUUUCUCAUAAUAUCCUCAUCAAUUAUAUGUGCAAAAACAAAAACUUGAUAGGGGCCAUGCAAUUGUUGGGCAGUAUGUUUGUUCGUGGUCUACUUCCUGACACUGUCACCUAUGGAACCUUGAUUGAUUGGUACUGCAAAGAAGGAAACAUAGGAAGUGCAGUUCAAAUUUAUGGCAAACUGAUAGAUGUGCAGAAAAAACCUAAUUUGGUGAUAUACAAUUCCGUCGUAAAUGGGUUAUGCAAAGAGGCAUCAGUGGAUAUUGCAAGAAAUUUGAUGGAUGCAUUACAGAGGAUAGAUUUUCUUGACAUUAUAACCUAUAACACAUUGAUUCAUGCAUAUUUAAUCUAUGGGAAGAUUGAUGAGGCAUUUUUUUUGUUUCGGGAAAUGGAAGAGGUUGGGAUUUCAUUCAAUAGAGUCACUUACAAUAUAUUGAUCAAUUUUUUGUGCAAGUUUGGGUGUUCUCAACAAGCAAAGGAACUUAUGAAGGUAAUGAUUUCUAGGGGUAUGGUUCCUGAUUUUAUAACAUACACCACUCUUAUUACCAAUUUCAGUAAGAAUUGCAGCCCAGAAGAAGUCAUUGAAUUACAUGACUACAUGGUGAUUAAGGGAGUAAUUCCUGAUAGACAAACGUACAAACAUGUUGUCUGUCCAUUUCUUCUAGAAGAAAAUGAAAAUGCAAAGAUUAGCACACAGAAUUGAGUUUCGACAGUACAACGAUGCGUAUAUUUGUCCUCCAUCGUCCACUAUAGCAUGUGUUUUCGGCCAGUUGGUCCAUAGAGAAUGUGCUGGGCUUUCCAAAGUAACAAGAAUCACACAUUUAUUCAACAUUGUUUCUAUCAGGCAUGUAAGUUUUCUUUUUCUAGUAUACUAAUUUUUUAUGCUACUCUAGUCUACAGACUACAUCCAUAUAGAUAACAUAUUGUAACCCUUGGCAUAUCAAGCCACGCACAUAUAAAUUGUUUGUUCAAAAUUGUGUGCAAUACUGUUUCAUCCUUUGGUUGAUAUUCCGGAGCUACUUACAACUCAGCAGUCAUUGACAAACUUCUAGGCUUAGAUAUUCUGGUUUGGUGCUUCAUUAGUUUUUUAUGUAUUAAUUUGGGGUUCUUUCAUGUGAGACAUGCAUAAGUUGCAAUGUCUCAUGUGGGUGCUUGUUUAUAGGUUUAAGUUAUUUCUGGUAAAUUUUCUGUUUCUUGUGCAGUUGAGAUUUUUUGUUUACUAGAGUUCAGUGAGGGUUAAAACCAAUAACUGCGAUGAUUUCAAGGGUUGGAUGUUGUUUUCGAAUAUCUCGGUUAUAAGCAGAUCAAUUUUUAUGGUUGGUCUACUUUUAAUUUGUAUGUUAUUUUUGAGAAAGAACAACAAAUUAUUUUGUUCAAGCAUUUCACGUCAACUAAACUACCGAGUUUAGUGUUUUAUAUGGAAUUUGUGGUUUAAAUGUACUUAUUGCAAACUGGAAAUUCAUUAAAAAGCUUGCAAGAUUGGUAAAUCACGAGUUACUUCAAUUACUGGGCUACUGUUAAUAGACUAUUAUAGUCUUUACUAACAAAGAGUGGAUGACGAGGCAGUUAUUUCUGUUGAGCAUCAACUAUAGCUCACACCUUAAAACUUGUGGAUAAAAAUGUCUUCCUAUUGUCUUGAUUUUUACUCUUUGCACCUACUUGUCUCCUGCCGUAGCUAAUUGGUUUUGUACUAUCUGCAAUGAAUUUGAGUCACAAGAUUAAACUUUGAAAUUUUCCUUUCUGUUUAUUUUUCCUUUUAUAAUAAUAAAAGAGAUGAUUUGUAUAAUAAAUCAGAAUCAUUGGCUUUGGUAUUUAUUUAUGUGUUUUGGUGAACACGCUAGAUUUGGUUUUUGCAUGGACCUAGGUUAAUUAUGGUAUAGAAAGGAUUCAGCUGUUACAUACUCUAGGAAUAUGUUUAAGAGGAUUGAAGGUGAUGACGUGGUCAGAGACAUUGUAAGGGUCAGUACUUUGACUUCUUAUCUUGUGUCGAUAAAUGUGCUAGUAUUCAUAUAAUAAUUCUUCAUACUCUUUGUCUAAGUUUUCUCACUGAUAUGGCCCUCUGGCAUGUAGGUUGCACAAAGUUAUUUGCAGAGCUCAAUGAACUGCGUGGUAGUUUUAGGGUAUUUUCAUUCUUCAUUUGGUGUAUUUUAUGCAAGAGUGCGGGGGAGAGUGGAUCAUGUUUUCUUAUCCUGCCGGUUUAGCUGGAAAUUAUGAUGUUUCUAUUUAAUGAGAUUAAUGUUAGUUAGGUGGCGCCACAACACUGUUUAUCUUUUCUGGGUGAGAAAUCUAAAGUAUUGGGUGGUGGAAAGAAUGCUAAAGUAAGACGGGGCUGUAUGAUGAUGGCUAUCAUUUAAGCUAUUUGGUUGGAAUGAAACCAACAUCUUCGAAGAUUUUAGGUGGAUGGAAGUGGAGGAGGUGUGGGGAAGGUCAAGUAUUGGGCAGCACUUUGGGCACCUGUACAGGAACACUUCUAUUUCUGUCAUUGUUCUAGACUGGAAAGCUAAAGUGUCAUGAAUAUGUUUAGAUAUGUUAAACUAGAUGUAGCUUGAAUUGUUUUUUUUCUCUCAUAGAUUCUUGGUGGAUUGCUUAUCCUCAUUUCUGCACAGUUUCUCUUGUGAAAUAAAAUUACAUCGUUUCAUUUCAAAACUAAAAAAUAAAAUAUUCAUGUUUGAUGGAUAAACUUGGCUCUGACCUUCGAUGGAAUUUUUUUUUUUUCCAGAAACAGUUUUCAAAUGUUGGUGAUAGUUGUUGAACUUUAAAGAAAAUUUUGUUUUCCCUUUUGGAUUUAUGAUAUCCUCCAUUAGAAGACAUGAACUUUCUGAAUCUGUCUAGGCUUGUAAUUGAUUGACCCAAAUAGGUUAAUUGAUCUUUGAAGAUGACGAUUUGCAUUUUCUUUUCACAAAUGUUCCAUUAUCCAUGCCGUGAAUUUUCAUUGGGAUUCUUGCUUUUGUUUUCGUAAUUACUUCUCGAAUUAUAACUUUAUGCUAUGUUCAUUUUCUUAUCUGUUUUUUUAAAAUUUUUGUCUCAUACUUUGUUGUUUGGUUGCUUUUCGAAACAGUAAAAGUGCUUCCUACAGCUCAUGACAGAUGGAGACUAAUAGAAAAUUCAUUAACGUUGUGAUAGUGAUUUGUGAAGCUGUAAAAAUUAUAGAAUACAGGGAACAAGUACUGAAAAUUCAAUGCAUCUGCUGUACUGCAAGGUCCUCUGCUGAUUUUGUUGUGAAUGGUGCUUGAGUUCAAGUCUUGAAGAAGGGGAGGCUGCAAAACUUGUAUUGGAAUUGGAUGGCUACUGUAACUUUGUCAACAAUUAGGAUUCUGCAAUCAAGACAUCCAACUGCAAGAGGGAGGCUACUUGGAAAUAUUCCUGCAGUAAAUAAUAAAGAUAACACCGUUAACAUGGAGUAAAUUUUUGAGGGUGUGGCUAGGAGGAAUAUUUUCACUGAUUAAAAAACAUUAAAAUUUAAAAUUUAAAGGCAAAAA